GAACGGUCUGCUGGGCGGGACGUUUAGAAGUAGUCAUUAAUUAACUGAACCUAGGCUUUAGCUGGAAACGAAUUAUUCUUUUUAAAUAUCUAAAUCAAGUAACUUUAAAACUAACUGACAAAAGCAACAUAUUUAUUUACAAGUAAUAGUGAAUUUGUGAGUAUAUGUUUAGUUGGUUUUUUUUCUUUUUAUUAGCUGAUUUCCUUUUCGUUGUGGCUGUUGAUUAUAUUUUUAUUUGUGAAUUAAAACUUAGAAAAAUAAUAGUGUAUCAUUUAUUUUCGUCUGUCCUUUUGCAGGAAGAACUAUUUAAACAUAUUUGAAGGUUUCUUUUUAUCACUUGAAACUCUAACGUGGAUAACUUAAAAAUAUAACACUAUUUGUUUUCCCGUCCAUUCAUAGAGAAAAAAAAAACAACAACAACAACACAGCUGUAAGACCAUGGCACACUUAAUCUUUGCUUCCUUCGUGACCUUGGCCGUAGUCGGCAUCCAGGCCGUCUCCGCAUUCGGAGGCUACGGUCCCAUUCUUCCACUCGUACCUGUUGGAAAAGGAUACGCCAAAGGUAUGGACAUUUGUGUUUAACAUUGAAUAUUUCAACUCCCUUCCGUUACUGUGGUAAGGGACUAUUUAAAAAAAUAAUAAUUCGAUGGUGCUUUGCAUUUCUAGCAACAAAACUCAUAUAAGUGCAUGAUGCCGCCGGCAGCUUGCACCUCCCUGGCAAACAUUCUCUUAGUGUCCCUGAGCCAUUUCAUCCCUGUAAAAAAUUAUAUAGAGCUAUCGAAAAUUUAUAUGAACUAUUUAAUUCGAUUAAAACAAUUACUUGCCGAGACAACGUGUUAUGUUAAUGAGACAAAUUGUUAUGUUGCCGAGACAACUUGUUAUGUGGCCGAGACAACUUGUUAUGUUGCCGAGACAACUUUUUAUGUUGAACAGACAACGUUUUAGGUUGCUGAGACAACGUGUAAUGUUGCUUUAAUUAUUUCUAUAGGACCAAUAACUCUGACAUGCGCAGUCAACUUUACAGACAGCUACAAACCCUCUUCCGGUAUUGUCAACGCAAUUGCUGUGACAAUUAAAGAAAAACAAGGACUUUACGGCGGGGUAAGUGUCACAAAAUUCAACUUUGAUCAAAGAACAAUUAGCGAUUUGAGCCAGUAGAGAUUAGAGCAGUUUUAGAUAUAAAAACAAAGAGACAUGAAGGAAUUGAUAAACAGUAAAGGAGAGAUAUCAACAAAUAGAGCUGUGAAAAUGGGCACACACACACACAUUUCACACGGCCCGUCAAACAGUCAAGAUAUGAACAAGUGGAUACAUUAAUAAGGAAUCACGGGUAUGAACACGAAAAACGUGUUGCAUGUCUAAAUCAAAAAGAAUAGCUAAUUGGAAAUGGUUACAACGCAAGACCUGGGCUGACUGGUGACUGAUGGCCACAACGCAAGACCCGGGCUGACUGUUGCCUGAUGGCCACAACGCAAGACCCGGGCUGACUGGUGACUGAUGGCCAUUACGCAAGACCCAGGCUGACUGGUGACUGAUGGCCACAACCCAAGGCCCAGGCUAACUGGUGACUGAUGGCCCCAACGCAAGGCCCGGGCUAACUGAUGGCCACAACGCAAGACCCGGGCUGACUAGUGACUGAUGACUGGUGACUGAUGGCACUCCAAACUUUUUUGCCUAGUUACGGGGCUUAUUUGUAAAGGCAAGCUUUGAUAAAUUUGAAAAAAUACCAACAUUUUUAGUUGGGACUAAACUUUAUUCUAAAUUCAUCCUCACUGGGUUUAGCGAAAGCUUGAGAUAGUUCUGCUCAGUGAUGUUGAAAACUAUAAACUGUCAACGAUCAAACAUGGUUUCAAGAUGGAAUAUGGAAGCCAACAGACUUAAGCAAAGAAGAUAAAGGACAAGAAAUGUUUAAAAAUUAAUGCAACUCAAAACAAAGACUUGGGGAGAAAUAUUUUUCUUUCAAAUUAAACAAACACUUGGGUUCUAAUGAUAAGCUAACAUUUCUUUUUUUUUAAAAUCUAUCCAGAUGAGCCCGUCUUUGUUUCCUUAUCUUGGCGGCAGUGGUGGAUCAUAUGGUGGAGGACUUUCUGCCACCAUCAAUCUCUUCUCUCUUGUCGGUGGACCUGUGUCCGUCGCCUUUACAGAGCGGGCCAGACCAGAGAGAGGUUGUUACGCCGAAGACUUUGGACUUUUCUACUCGUAAGUUAGGGGACAUUUAAGGUAGCAUCAUGAAUCUGCUCUGUGUAGGCUAUGUCAAGGCUUGCAAUUAAUGCGAAGUACUCCUUGGAGUCAGUACGUAUGUAUUCGAGUUCAUUAGUCAGAGGUGGGCACGGGAAAACGCACAAAGAAAUGGACUAAGCAAUCAGCCAAGGUGUCACUAAAAACUUUUGCUAAUACAUUGUUGUAUCUUCUCUAACUAAGUAUAUUAUGGGGAUUUUUAUUGUAGGUUAACCGUUCUCGUAAUCAAAAAAUGUCGCAUUUUAUAGGAACAGUUUGUGUAACUGUCUUAAGUGCACGGUAUUCCUCAUAAGCCAAUUGUGGGGAAAUGAUUUAACAAGCUCUCGUGGCAGUCCGUAGUCUCGCUUCUUGACUAAAAGUCUUGAGACAUUUCUAUGAUAUUGAACUCAGAUUUCUUCAAACGAGGACCUUUCCAUUGAUGUCAUUAGGGCGCUUACACCAUUCUAAGGAGAUACGUUUCAUAGAUUUUUUUUUUUAAAACAUAUUUUGAUACCAGUUUGUUUGCUGAUGAAAUCUUUGAACUAAAAUCUUGGUUUCUGAAUUCAUUCGUGGCUAUAAGACUGGGUUAGGGAGGGAGCAUAAAACAUCCAACUAUAUAGAGACAAAUUGAAAAGUCGAAUCACUUUUAAGAAUUUAAAAAUCUGUUGUUUUUUUUUUAUUGUUUUUUUUUUUUUUUUUUUUUUUUUUUUGGCAAGCGGGUUUUUUUUUUUUUUUUGGAAACCGGUUUUAAAUUAUUUACCAAUUUUUACAAUAAAAAAAACUUUUUUUUUUUUUUUUUUAAAUUUUUUUUUUUUUUUUUUUUUUUUUUUUUUUUUUUUUUUUUUAUUUUGGCAAGCAGGUUAGUUUAUUUUUUUCGGAAACCGGUUUUAAACUAGUUACCAAUUGUUACAAUACAAAAAACCCAAUUAUUCCGUACAAGGUCAGCUUGACAUGAUGUUUUAUAAGAUCGAAAGCGGAAGUUAUCAUGUAACGUGACAAUUUAUCUAUUUUUAAAACUGUCAAAGUAACUCUUAUUUUGUUACCGCUUAUUACUAAUAAGUAGCGUUUAUAUUAUGAUUAUAAAAUAUUUUUAUCAUUUUUUAAAACGUCUUUUAAUAUUUACCACAAUGAAUAAUUAUCGAAAAAAAGGAAGGGCGGAUUCUAAUAAGAUGAUAAAGAAAUCUCUUUUAAAACGAUUUAAAACAAACUAGUUAUCUUUUUUUUUAAACAGAGGUUCUCCAAGUGUAAGCUACGGGCAACAAAUUGGAGGUCUUGGCCAAAUUGGAGGCCUUGGUGGAGGCUAUGGUGGAGGCCUUGGCGGAGGCUAUGGAGGAGGCCUUGGUGGAGGUCUUGGUGGAGGCCUAGGAGGAGGUCUAGGAGGAGGCCUAGGAGGAGGCCUUGGUGGCUACGGCGGUGGAUACAAUCCUGGUUAUGGCUCUGGAUAUAGUGCUGGUAACGACGGUGGAUAUGGAAUGGGCGGAGGUUACAAUGGAUAUGGAGGCCUAGGGGGUUACGGUGGAGGACUGGGUGGAGGACUGGGUGGAGGAUUGGGUGGAGGAUAUGGUGGAGGACUCUACUCUGCUGGCUAUGGUGACCGUGCACCAGGAGUUAUUGCCAACGUGCGUCUUACCCCAGGCACUGCCUCCGAGAUCAACAUUGAUACUCUAAAGGGAUUCUCCAAUCUGAAGGAACUCGCUGGUAGAGGCGUCGUUGUAAGUAUUUGUUAAAUGUUUCAAUAGACGAUCGAUAAUGUGAACUAGCGAUAAAAAACGUAUUUUCAAAUAUAAAAUAACACUUUUAACUUUUCUCUUAAAUAAAAUAUAAAAGAAAAAAUAGUUUUAACAUAACAUUUAUUUUUAUUAUAAUUAGGAUGAUACACAAAAUUAAUACAUUCUUACGAUUAAUAAAAACAAUUCAAGACUAUGACCUUCUUGCUCAGUUCACACGAUCAAAUUUUCGUCAAAUAUUCGUCAAAUUUCUUUUUGAGCGCACUAUUUUGUCAAACAAAAAAUUUAAAUUUGACGACAAUUUGACGCAAAAUUGACGAAAUUUUGACCCUUUGAAAUGAGCAUAAACAUGAUUUAAACUACAGCAAUAUUUUAGAGCAAAAGACUAUCAAAUAUAAUGCUGUAACUAAAUGCAAUGUCUUUAAUCACAGCAAUGUACUAAAUAGACCGUUUCAAGAAAGAAAUAAUCACGCAUGCGCACGACGCUCGAUGUUCAUUUGGUUUCGAAAUUAAAAAAUAAUUAUCGAUUUUUGUUUUCUCCAGGUGUGCCCCGAUGCCGCCAUUGACAGCAAGUACGGCGAUGCCAUGUGCGAGGGCGGCAUCUUGUCCUGCUGCGCCCUGCACUACGACAGCGGAGAGCAGACCAUCUCGGUCAAAUACGGUUACUAGGCAACGAACACAACAAGUAGAACCUCUCAGCCAAGUACAGAGCUCAAAUCUUGGUGACUUAGUCAGCACAAACGAAACACGAAAGAACGCAUACCUUGCAUUUUUAUUACGCAAUAAUAAAAGAUAUCAAACUGUAUAUCAGCUUUUGACUGUCAUUUGCAUUUCAUUUCUCUUUCUUAAAAGCAACCCCCCCCCAUGUGGCUAAAUAUAGAACAAGUGACAGAACGUUGAAGGAAUAAAU